UUACAGUUUGAUCACUUCCAUGUGUUUAUCUUGAUGAACCGUUCUCAUUCCUCUUUCUCGGCCGCCAACCCCGCCAUGCUUAUCUUAUCGAGUUUCCCUUAAUUAAUCCCCAGUUCCGUUGACAUCAUCACAGUCUGCAUGAUAACUCGAAGUGUCUCGAAGUACAUAGUCCAAAUCAUAGCACGCUCGCUGUUAUUAACCCUUGCUUAUUUUUGAGUGUUAUUUCCUGGAGCUAAGUCAAGGUGGCCACGAUGGUGAAGAGGGUUUAUUUCCUCGCCCAUGGGGGCUUGGUACAAGGGGUUGGUUUCCGCUACUUUACCCGCCACAAAGCCGUCGAGCACAAACUCACCGGCUGGGUGCGCAAUACCGACAAUAACAAGGUCGAGGGCGAAGUGCAAGGCGAGGAAAACGCCGUCACGGCUUUCCUAAAACAUGUCAACAACGGGCCACGGCACUCACAGGUUGUCCGGCUGGACAAGGAGGACAGGGAGGUGGUGGACGGCGAGGCCGAGUUCGAGGUUCGGCGUUGAGCGCUGGCGUCGGGGAUUGUUGUAUGCAUAGAUGUUGAGUAUACCGGUAUGUUCAGGGGGGCCAGUGAAGACUUGAGACGGGACACGCAAUAACAGUAACCAUGGCCAUGACCAAGAUAAUCAAUCGCUCAUACAACCCUUCCCCCCCAGC